CCCACACCGAAGAGCGAUUAUGUUGCUGAGUGUGCGCUCCUUCUUCUGUUGUCUUGCUGUCUGCGCAGUGCUGCGCGCUGCAACGUUCGGACCGCAGCGUGUGAGUGGGCAGGUGGUGUUUGAAGAGGAUGUGUCGGGGAGGCUGCUGAUGAACACGAGCGAUUCUGCCAACGAACACAUCGUGUUCAAUGGCAUGCACACGCAGGAGCUGUACGACACGGUCCGCAUGCAGCAGAGCGUCAUCGAGCAAGCAGAAGCGGCCAUCGUCCAGAUUCAGCGCAAGAACAUGGCCCAGGCGUCACACAUCCAGCUGCUGGAGGACCGUUUGUGCCGCCUCAACGCAUACCCACCAACAAGCACAUUCAUCUCUCUCCCUGACACAUCAGGGAGCAACACAGGAGCGUGGACCUCCGGUGUCCUCGCCAACAACGGUCUCAUCUACGCCAUCUCAAACCAGGCAACCUUCAUCCUCAUCAUCGACCCCGAGACAAACACCAUUGACGACACUACGCUCUCCGGCCUCGGCGAAAUCAUGUCUGACUGGCAGGGCGCUGUGCUUGGAGGCAACGGGCUCAUCUACGCGCUUCCCUUCAACUCCAGAUCCAUCAUGGUCAUCAACCCGGCAACCAACACGGUCGACACUGCGGCAAUUGGCGGCUUCCCCGCAGAGUCGGGAAAGUGGCACGGGGGCGUGCUUGCAAGCAGGACAAAUGGCGGCAUCUACGGUAUCCCGUGGCAAUCCACUUCGGUCCUCAUCAUUGAUCCAGGCACUAAUGCCACAGACAUGACCACCAUCUCCGGCCUUUCUUCUGCAGGUUUCAAGUGGCUUGCAGGCGCCGAAGCGAACAAUGGCAAGCUCUACAUGCUUCCGUUUGGUGCGGCGAGUGUGCUCAUCGUCAAUCCAGUGGAUAACACUUUCGACACAGACAGCAUCUCCGGCCUGCCAGCCUCUGCCAGGUUUAGUGGCGCUGUACUGGCAGACAACGGCAAGAUCUACGGCAUCCCCGUACCACACGACAGCGUUCUCGUCAUCAACCCAAACGACGACUCCACAACAACUAUCGCCGUGCCAUUCGGAGCCUCAAAGUGGUUUGGCGGCGUGCUCGUGCCGGAUGGUCGCAUAUUUGGCAUCCCGUAUGAUGCCAGCAGUGCCCUCAUCAUCGAUCCAACGACAGACACGGUCGACUACACAUCCUUCACGGACUUCCCCGCUGGCGACAUGAAGUGGCGGGGUGGUGUGCUUGCAGGCAACGGCAUCAUCUACGGCAUUCCUUACAGCAUCGACAGUGUGCUACUCAUUGACCCCGGCUGCUGGCUUCCUUGA